GAGUCUAACGCAGAGGACUCUGAAAACUUAAUGCCUUGUGGCCAAAGGUCUCCAAAAAUGCUCGCCAUGCUGAGCCGCCAUCACACCUCGAGCCCCUUAUCCAACCAGUGUGGCUCGAACCAGGUUCAGAUCAUAGACGCACCACUGCCUCUGGUUUGGUCCCUGAUCAGGAAAUUUGAUCACCCGCAGCGUUACAAGCAGUUCAUAAAGAGCUGUAACAUACUGGCUGGUGAUGGUGGGGUUGGCAGUGUGCGUGAGGUUGAGGUUAUGUCCGGCAUGCCAGCCGGAGUUAGCUUGGAGAGGCUGGACAAGCUUGAUGAUGAUCAGUAUGUGAUGAAGUUUAGCAUGAUCGGUGGGGAUCACCGGCUUUUGAAUUACAGGUCCACCAUCACUCUGCAUGAGGAGGAUGGUGAAGGAUUUGAAGGGAAGACGGUGGUGAUAGAGUCGUACGUGGUGGAUAUUCCGGCAGGGAGCAGUGGGGAAGAUACUUGCUCUUUCGCCAACACUAUCGUAGGUUGUAAUCUAAGGUCGUUGGCUAAAAUUACAGAACAGAUGUUUUGUAAGACUGACACUCACUGAGGAUGUCAUGGUUUGCUUUAGAUUAUUAAUUACCAUGUUUGUUGUGUUUGUGGUGUUCACUAUACUUGAUGAAUUGGGUCUUGAACUGAUUAGUGUCUCGUGGAUUGAAUUUCUAUGUAGGAUUUAUCUCUGUGUUUGUUGUGCCCGAUAAGAUUGUAAAAGCAAAAGGCCAAGGAACCUCAUGGAUAUCAUGUUACAAGUUGUGAGAAUAGUCGGUAUCAUUUUGGAGCCGUGCUGCUUUGUGGAUACGGUGCUUUUCGUAGAUAUUUUCACCCACGACCCAACCA